AUGCAACAUUUUCAAGCACCACCUUGGCUACCCAUGCAAGAAUUAUCUCAAGUGCUAGGGCAUCUGGCCCUAGACGUUGGCCAGCACAGCAACCCAGUCCAGCCAUGCCUCUUCAAGCUCAACCGUGUCCACUUUGGCUACGUCAAGUUUGACAUCCUCCGCUCGCUCAACAUCCACUCGUUCUUCAUCAUCGACUGCGUCAACCUCCACUGGCACACCUUGUUCAGGGAACACCGCAAAUUUGAGAACUGCAUGAACUACACCAAUCAGCAAGAUGGUGUGGUCAGUAUAACGCAGUGCCCGACAGCACCUGGCGAGAACUAUACAUAUACCUGGAGAGCAACGCAAUACGGAACAACUUGGUAUCACUCCCAUUUCGCGCUUCAAGCGUGGGAGGGCGUAUUUGGCGGCAUCAAGAUCAACGGCCCAGCGACUACAAACUACGAUCUCGACCUGGGUCACAUUUUCUUGAAUGACUGGAGCCAUGAGACAUCAAGCUCUCUCGAGAUUGUAUCAGAAACCCAUGGUCCGCCAACUUUGGAGAAUGCAUUGAUAAAUGGAACCAAUGUGUACAACAAAUCCGGGAUCGUCACCGGUUCUCGAUUUGAAACAACAUGGGAAACUGGGAAAUCUCAUCGGCUGAGGCUGGUUAAUGGCGCGAUUGAUACACAUUUCAAAUUCUCCGUCGACAACCAUACGAUGACGGUCAUUGCGAAUGACCUGGUACCUAUUGUCCCUUACAACACCACCGUUCUGAAUAUUGGAAUGGGUCAGCGUUACGACGUAGUUAUCACGGCUGAUCAAGAGUCUGUCGGAACUGAUUUCUGGAUGCGGGCUAUCCCGCAGACAGCCUGCUCUAACAACGAAAAUCCUGAUAAUAUUAAGGGAAUUGUUCGUUAUUCGACCAGCACUUCUUCCGAGGACCCGCAAACCACUGGGUACGACUACUCUAACGAGUGCGUCGACGAGGAUAUGGACGAUCUGGUGCCGUGGGUGUCCAAGAACGCCAAGUCCGGGACAUCCCUGCGUGAAGUGGUGACACUGGGCCGCAACUCGGACAACUACAAUCGCUGGUACAUGAACAGCACAUCAAUGGUUGUUGAGUGGAACAAUCCGUCUCUGCUGCAGGUGUACGACAACGAUACCGAGUUUACCGACACCAGCGGCGUUGUGCGGCUGGAUACGGCUAAUGAGUGGGCCGUUUUCGUAAUCGACACUACCAUGCCGGUUCCCCAUCCCAUCCACCUCCAUGGACAUGACUUCAAUAUUCUCGCCCAAGGAACCGGGACGUACGACUCUUCGGUGGCGCUGAACCUGGACAACCCGCCGCGGCGGGAUGUCGCACUCUUGCCUGCGGCCGGCUACCUCGUUAUCGCCUUCGAGACGGAUAACCCUGGCGCGUGGCUGAUGCAUUGCCAUAUCGGCUGGCACACGUCCGAGGGCUUCGCCAUUCAGAUUUUGGAGCGCUGGGAUGAGAUUGUCCCAUUGAUCGAUUAUGAAACGCUGGAGAGUAAUUGCAAUGCUUGGGAUUCGUAUGUGGCGUCCUACUCAGUUGAGCAAGGUGAUUCGGGCGUAUGA